AAUACACACAUCAACUCUGGACACUCUGAAGAUGAUGAUGCUCUGCCUGUGGCCUCAGUGAGUGUCUCUCCUCAGGGUCUCCUCUACUCUGGAGAGACAGUUACUCUGAUGUGUUCAGUAGGGUCUGACAGUAGCUGGAACUAUCAGUGGUACAAAGACUGGAAUGAUAAUGUAGUAUCCCAGUCUGUCAGACACACUAUAACAGGAGACACCCUCACCAUCAGUAGAGCUGCUGAGUCUGACCAGGGUCAGUACUGGUGUGAAGGGAACAGAGUAUCUAGACCCACAUCUUCACAACCAGGUGGUCUCUUCACUCUCACUGUAAAAGACUAUCUGCCAAAGACCACACUGACUUCAGACAAAGAGAACAUAUUCACAGGAGACAGUGUGACACUGAGCUGUACUGUAGAGUCUUCUGGAUGGAAGUUUUACUGGUACAGACACAGACCAGACUCUACACCAGUAACCACAACCUCUGGAUACUCCUACACACUCAGCUGGGUCAGUGUCUCUGAUGGAGGACAGUACUGGUGCAGAGCUGGGAGAGGAGACCCAGUCUACUACACCCUGUACAGUGACCCAGUCCAGAUAAUCAUUACUGAGAGACCUGUUGCUGUUCUGAUCCUCCAACCCAACUGGACCCAGAUAUUCAGAGGAGAGACUGUUACUAUGAGAUGUGACAUACAGGGAGGAGGAGACACUGACUGGAACUACAGAUGGUAUAAGAAUAGUCAGUUAUUCAGCCCCUUUAACACAAAGCCUGAGUACAGAAUCAGUCCUGUCUACAGGUCUAACAGUGAUUCAUAUACCUGUGAGGGUGUAAAGGGAAACAAGUUCUCCAAGACCAGUGAGGCUGUAAAACUGACCGUGUCUGAUCAACCCCAACCUGUCCUGAGUAUCUCUCCUCAGUGGCUGAACCCUGGAGACUCAGUGACUCUGAGCUGUGAAGUUGACAAGACUUCUACAGGCUGGAGGUUCUCCUGGUACAGGACUGUUCCCUACAGAGCUGGGUUACCCUCCCUAUCAGACAAGUCUUACUCUCUACAGCCCCUAUCUGACAAUGUGACUAGUGAAGACUCCUACACUCUGAUCCCUGCUGGUGCUACUCCCACAGGAGGAUAUGUGUGUAGAGCUGGGAGAGGAGACCCAGUCUAUGAUACACUCUACAGUCAACCUCAGUUUCUCUGGUCAGGAGAUCUGCACCCUUCAGUGUCUCUUACAGUAAAUCCCAACACAACUCAACACUUUACAUCAAAUUCUCUCUCACUGAUCUGUGAGCUGAAGGGGAACUCUACUGGAUGGAGACUGAAGAGAUACACAGAGACAGCAUGGCCGUCACAGUGUCCAUCUACCUGGAGAUCAAUAACAGAAUCCACCUGCACCAUCACAUCAUUGGACACAUGGUCCAGUGGAGUGUUCUGGUGUGAGUCUGGAUCAGGAGAGUACAGUAAUGCUGUCAACAUCACAGUAAAUGAUGGUGAUGUGAUCCUGGAGAGUCCUGUCCAUCCUGUGACUGAAGGAGACUCUGUGACUCUGACCUGUACAUUUAGAUAUCAGGAAACAAAUCCUAACCCCAAGACUGAUUUCUACAAAGAUGGAGUACUCAUAAAGAAUGAGACCACAGGAGAGAUGACCAUCCCUACAGUAUCCAAGUCAGAUGAAGGAUUCUAUAAGUGUAAAUCUGGUCAAGGAGAAUCACCAGAGACCUGGGUGACAGUGAGAGUCCCUCCAGGUUCCGUUGUCUCCAUCUCUCUGACCAGGCUGCUGUGUGGUCUACUGGUGGUGUCUCCAUUUCUACUGGUGUCCAUCGUGCUGACGGUGAAAUGCUGCAGGGCUCGAGGUUUGUGUUCAACAGUCACAUCUCCUCAAGACCAGAUACCAUGUGAUGAUGUCAUUGAACAGAACGAAUCAUCAGUGUGAUCAUUACAGUAUGAACUGUAAGCUGAACAACCACUUUUAUGAUUGUUAAGGUUUUACCGUUGAUAUAUGAUAGUGUUUACUGAGUUUAAUAUCACUGAAUGGAAUUUCACAAAUGCUGAAUAUUAUCAGUUUCUAAGUUGAGGUUCUCAGCUUUUGCUGGCUUGUAUCUUUUCCUUUGUAUUGUUGAUGUUGAUUUUUCAUGAAAUAUUACACUUACCUGUCUUUAUUUCAGUUUGUUAAUUAAACAAGAGUGUAGUGCCUGUUUUUGUUUAAAAGUAUAAUUUUUUGUGUGUUGUAUUUUACAUAAUGUCAUGUUUUUUACAUGCGGGUGGGAAUAGAGUAUACAGUAUGUGAAACUUCUCAGUUUUUAAUUUGAAUUUAAAAUACUAAAUAUGUGUUUAUUCUUGAUAUGCCGACCUGCUCUAACAGUUGAGUUGGAACACGUAGCUAUAGUUUGUUAUUAAAAAUGUAUAUUUACAUAAUGCAGCUUUAAUGCUUAUUUUUAUAUUAAAGGAAGACUCAGCGAAAUGACUACAAGUAGCAUCGCAGAUAUUGAAAGUACUGUACACAAAGUACUGUACCUGCGCAUAUGCACGGGUUCACUUCACGCUGUUCACAGUGUGGUAGCCACAGGAUCUAAACAGCAGAGAAGUUGAGCCUCAAGCUUCAACACUUAGUUGUUGUGGAAAUUGAACCACUAUUUAUUUAUUUUCUGCAUCUGUCAUAUCACUGAGUCUACCUUUAAAAAUAACUUACUUUUAACUUAUAUUUAUUUUGAAAUACUGUCUACUAAAUAUAUUGUAAAAAAGUGUUUUACAGCAGAUAUACAUUUUUAACAUGUAAGUGCUGUAAAAUAAUUUCAGUAGUUGUUAAAGGAGCCAGAUGAAUGUUCCACUGAGGAACUUAAAAAUGGAGAAGAUGUGACGUAUUUUGUACUCAUUCUCAUACACUGGGGCAAAAAAGUAUUUAGUCAGCCAUCAAUUGUGCAAGUUCUCCCACUUAAAAAGAUGAGAGAGGCCUGUAAUUUUCAUC